UUUGGUAGACUAGACGGUACUUAUUUCGUUUUAUGUGUGUAAUAUUUGAAUUUGUAUUUAUUUUGUCAAAACUAAAAUUUUUAUUAUUUUUAUAUCAAAUUUCAAUUAAUCAUAACGAAAUGAAUGAUGGUCAAAAUGAAGGCCCAAUCGUGCAUUGUAAAUCCACACCUCAAAAACAAAACAAAGUACGGAAUCCGUUUGAUAGAGUCCUUGUAGAAAAGUUGCAUAAACCGCUUUGCAGCCCUGGUAUGUGUAAAAUUUACAAAAGUACGACUAAUGAAUCAUUCAAGUGGGAUAUAGACCAGGCUUGCACAUUGACACCUGCUGAUAUUGUUGUGUGUAAUAGUCAAUUUGAGCCUUCUCCUGAUCCAGAUUUAGAAAAAAUGGCUCAAGAAGCAACAGAUCAGUUUUUCUCUCAGGAAAUUGUGUUACCUAGCCCAAUGGAAGUAUCUAAAAAACAUCAAUUGUCAUCAAAUUCUAGCUCUCAGACAUCUAGUAUAAUUAAAAAUCUUUGCUUUACUAAAACUGUUUCAGUUCAAACAACACUUACAUUCCCUCCUGUUUUGCCACCUGAAGUAGAACAAAUAUUGGAAAAUUAUUGCACACAUAAUGAGGAACAGGCAAUGUUUGAUGAAUAUGAGGUCACUGCUAAUGGUUCACUCAGAAGAAUAUUGUUCUUUGAGGAGAGUGACCAUGAUGACUCCGAACAAACCGAUGAUGAAAUCCAAACAGAAAAAAGACCACCAUCAGUGUGUGAGCCUCACACUCCCGUCGUUUUUAGUCCUGAUUUGUGUUGUGGGGCUCUUACUAAAGGCAUGAAACGAACAUUUGGGACACCUUUACGUAAAGACCGAUCUGCAAGCAAGCCAUUUAGAAACAAAAUCCUAGAUGUUGUUGAUUUUGGUGAUGCAAGUUUUAGUCCAAUUGUAUACAGAACACCGAAGAAGGGUGAACAUAGUUCUGCUACGUCAUCCUCUCUGGCUUCUUCAUCGAUAUCACCAAUUAACAAAGCGAGUGGUCGAGAGAAAAAUGAUUUUACAUCACCAGAAUCAGACAGCAUGUGUCUAGAAUGUGCAAAAACCAGUUCAGGUGUGUGCUGCCACAAAACUACACCUAACAAAUCCAUUUUGAAGAGAAGUGUGUCCCUUAAAGAUUCACCUAAACAACACAAGAAAGGUUAUUCAUUGUCCGGUAAACGGAGUCUUAGCAUGUCAAGUUUAACGAGGAGUAAAUCAGUCCAGAAAUUAGAUUUUAGCAUGGAUAUGAGUGUGGAUGGAUCAACUCAUAAUAUAUCUCAAGGUUGGGAGAGUAUUGAGUCCCCUGAGAAGAGUCAUGUGACCUGGUCUAUUAUGGAAGAUGCAAGUGUUCAGCAAAUGCUUAAAGUCAAUACACAGCAAUCACAGGAUAUCCAGUCUUCCACUCAUAUUAACUUUAACUUACUAGAUGAAACCCCAAUUAAGGGCAAGCGGCGGACAAAGGUCGCACAUGAAAUAAGUAAAAUACGGGAUGCUGGCGACACAUCCCACAUGUCAUUAGAUGAUAGUUUAGAGAAUUUCGACAUACCACUUAGCAUGGAGGAGAAUAAUAUAGACUUUAACAAAGUUGAUCUCAAAUUCUUGACUGACAAUGAAGCACAAUACAAUUAUAAUAGGUCUAAUGACGUAAUGGUUAGGUCCAGCGAUUGUUCUACAAGCUUCAAGCGUCUUGACAGCGGUUUUAAUGAAAACACGAUUUUCACAAAUGCUUCUAGUUAUUAUGAAAGUGCCAUAAAACCUUCCGAAUUAACUAUAACUAAUAUAUCUAAGACUGAUAAAAGUAAGACUCCACUUAAAGAAAUUUCUAAUGUAAAUUGGAUGCGGUUAGAUAGUGGUUUUAAAGAUGAAACAUCUUCAGAUAGUAUGCAGUUUUAUCUGAAUAGUGAAAUUAUGAAAGAGACAGGGCUGCAGUGUUCAGAAAGUAUGAUUAAAGGUAAAGAAAAUGUUAUGUCUGGCGACAUGAACACAGUUAAGCAGCCCAAUAAAGUUGACUGCAUGUUCAUGUCAGACACAUUUAAUGAAGACUUGACUUUUACAUGCAAUUAUUCUUCCACACCAUCGAAGAAUAAAUCACACCAAGUCAUUUUGUAGUAUCAUUUAUUUUAUAGGUAAUUUUUAGGAGUUUGCAAUGCAUUUAUUAGUGAAUAAUAUAAAAAAUUAGGCACAAUUUAUUUUUGACGUGUUUCAGUUUUGGAUCAUUUAUGAAAUUGUUUGACAUUGAUCUUUGAUAAAAUUCAGCACAGCUACAUAUUCCUAUGAUUAAUUUGCUAGUUGUGUGUUUAUUUCUUUAAGCAUUUUUAUUUCUAAGACUGAACAUUUAAAGAUUUAAUAUAAUAGAUUGUGACUAUCCUCGCAUAGUCUUGUAGCAUGUACUUAGUUUAAUUAAAAAAGAAUGGUGACUCAUUAUGCCCUCAAUGAUCUUUUUUCAUGAUUCAUGAAUAAAUUUUUAUAAAUUU